UUUUGAUAAUUUUUUCCCGUGUUGAAUACUAUUGCGUGGUCUAAUUGUAUGCAAAUGCGAGCUACAAAAGUCGGAGGUGACUGGCGGAUGGAGGGUGUCACGACACGCAACCUCGGUGACAUGAAACAGUCCAAGUAAUUCUCCAAUGUCACGAAGCUCGGACCGGCAACUGUGUCCCUGGUUUAUAUGACUGGUGUUUCAAGUCCAGGGUAUAAGCUGUCUGUGUCCCUGGCGAUGUUAAUAGUUAGAACUCUUCGACCUCUUAAAACAGUGUUGUGCCUGCCGAUGUUAGAAUGAGUUCGCUCAGCUAGUGAACAAUACCAGUCUGCCAACACUCCUUACCUUCGCAGCUGCCGCUGUUGGCUCGAGAACUAGAGACAGAACAAUGCGGGCAUUGCUGAAGAAACGUGAUUCCGUAGCACGGGUACAGACUGGCUCCCUGGGGUGCGACAUACUCACCUCGGCCUGGUGAAUACUUUGCCAGAUUGUUGUUUAUCAUUGCAACUGUUUUAGUUACCCAGCACCACGUGCUCGAGUACCAACUUUACGUAGACAGUUUGUUCAGCCAGGAGUCUUCUUAGUAUCAGCUGAAACGGUUUAAUAGAUAUGCACAUCCAAACGAUGUACGCAUUUCUUCGCUGUUUUUAGUGGAUCGUUUGACACUUGGGGCAGCAGAGAGUGUCAGUAGGUACCAUGCCAGCCGCAGCAGUCUCGGUCAACAGCCUUCGGGGACGCAGACCAGGGACCAGCUGCUCCCUGCGGAGAACGAGCGCUAGGCAGAAGUCUGGAGAUAAACUGAAAGAGAAUGGAAAUCCUAGAACAGACGAUGCAAGCCAAGGGCAUGAGAUCGAGCUGCUGGAGUACGAGUGGCCGGACUUGCCGCCACUGCCAGCCCUGAAGGACGCCGUCACGCGCAGCCGCGUUAGCUUUGGCAUCAGCUAUCUGCUUCCGGUGGACAAAGGGCGUAACUCCAUCAACAACCACUUCCGGACGGACCUGCGUGCCAUGUUCCAGGAGCCGUACGCCAGCGAUGACCUGCGCUACGACGACGGCCGCGUGAAGCUGAGCGCCGCAGUGCACUUCCUCUGCAACACCAGCGCCACCAAGUGGACGCGUCGCCACUUGCAGUCAGUUCCUGUCAUCCUUAACGCAGAAUCUGAGAAGGCGCGGCAACUGUAUUGCCGUUCUGCGCCCUCUAGCGGCGUGGCCAGUCAACGCAUGGGCAUCGACCCACUGAAGCUGCGCACGCGCUCUAACCUCUUCCGGCCGCUGAAGGCUGCCGUGCCGCCCGAACUGAUCAAGCUUCGCAAGGAGGUGGAGGAGAUCGUCAGGUCGGUUCAGGAGGAGGUCGAAGCCCUAGAGGAGCAGAAGAUUGCUGCCACCCAACCAGCAGCCCUCGUUCCGUCUCGCGAUCAGGACCCCUCCGCGCCAGAAGCGGGUGGCAAUAGGGUCCAAGCAGAAGCAUGUGCAGUCAUCGUCGACAAAGAUGGAAGCGUCGGUGCCAUCCCUGAAAGCACGAAGCAAGUCUCCCAGACGUCGCCUGGAAAAUACGAAACGUACGAGAUCUUGAAAGCUGCCAAGCCGCCCAAACCGCUUCUACCCGACAGCAUCAAGUCCCAGUAUCUGAGCGCGGAGAAGAGUCAGGAUAUUUGGGAAUGGCUGCACCAUGGGGAAGAGCAGAGCGACUUCGACUUCUUUUUGUCUGUGUGUGGGUGAAAGUAAACCUAACCUCGGUCUCCUGGAAGCUAGAGCCCCCUUCGUUUUCUCCAGGGUAUAACUGUGCACCCCUACCUCCGCUCCAUCAGUCUGUGUGUAGUGACAUGUGACGGAUUCCACUGUGCCAAAGUGCCGUUAGAUACUUUGCGGAAGUGAGGAAAGUAAAAACAAUAGCUUUCAGGGUCCAAUCUCUCGAAACACUUUUAGUGCUCAAACGGGUGUGUCGAUAAUGCAGAUCAGGGUAUUUUGUUUUUUUAAUUAAUUUUUUUUUCGUAGACAUUACAUCAGUCGUUAUCUGUUAAAUGCUCCAACAUCUCUCGCAUGUAGCUUUUGUUUUUUUUUGUUUGUUUUUUUCGUUUUGUUUGUUUGGUUUCGUUUUGCUUUUGUUUUUUUCUUUUUUUUUUCUUUUUUUUUUUUUUGCAGCGAACUUUUUAAUUCUCGAGAUAUCUCGAAAAUUAAGUUCUCGAGAGAAGUCUGUAAUAUGAACCUGUCAGAUAUAACUAGUCUUGUGCUGUCUUUAUGAAUACUGAACCCACGCUCAGCAUGAUGUACAUAUAUUCCCAUAAGCCUGCCGAGUCUGUAAUAUGUGUUUAAUUUGUAAUGGAUAUGCACGGAAGUGUGCACGAUAUAUAAUCAAAAUACAUCAAAAUUUUUGUGUGUGAGUGAGCUAUGGACGAUUAGAUGAACGAAUAAGCAAUAGUUUUGUUAUUGAUUUGAAGAGCGGAAACAUACAGCUAUUUCACAAUUCUUACAAUUUUUUUUCCGCCAUAUGCUAAUCAGCAGUCAGAAUGAUUUGUUAUAUUUGACUGUGUAGUGCUGAAACAAAAAGAAAAUGAUUGCUAUGAAUAAAAAGCAUUCUUUUAAAAAGCAUUAACUGUGAAUAUGCAGCAUUUUUUUAACUAUUAUUUUUAGUCAUAAGUUACAUGUAUUUCAAACCAUGAAAUUGGUUGUCUCCCCUAGACCAGUGAUCGGCAACCCGCGGCUCUUUUAUCCUAAUGGUGUGGUUUAGUGAGUAAAUUAAAAGU